GUUCUCUGGCGGAAGUGCGCUCUAGGCUUUUUUAGUGUGGAAGCGUUCACUUGAUGGUCACGCGUUGUAGAAUUGUAUUCCGCGCGAGCGUCAUGCCAUUGAAAAUGAAUGCGGAUUGAAGAGUUGCGCGGGGAGAGCGUUUGUUUUGCGGUGUAGACGUGAGACGAAUAUGGGCAGUUGAAACUCGUGGAACGAAAGGUUGAAUGGUUACUUUAUAUCCCUCGCCAAAGUGUUACUGUAACCGGAUUGAGGGAAGUUAAAGGGGCUUUUCAGCCUCACUACAGUAACAGGAUCUUGAGGGGAGCUGCGCUGCGUGCUAAUGAGCUACAUGGGACAUACUUUGAAUUAUUUAAUUGCGGCUCGCGCAAGCGCGUAUUGAGUAUAACGACGCGCAGAUGGUAGACUAAAGCGCGUUCAUGGAAAACGGACACAUUUGCGCUUGGGAAGGUAAAAACUGACACCGUGUCGAGGGCGUUUGGCCCCUCUCGUCAUGCGACGGUGGGGGAGGAUCGGAGCAGGGACCUCGCAGCGGAUUUCAUGUUUCGCAACAAUGUUAAUGCCCCAUAGCGAGGGAUUAUAAGGCCUCAAAAUGACAAUUGGUUUCCAAACGCGCACUCGAGAAGUUGCGUAAAGAGUUUUUUCAGCGAAUAUCUAUCGAUAAUAACCAAAGUAGAGCGCCCAAUUAAAUCUAAACUCAUUAAACGGCCAUGUAUAUAUCAAGUAGCUAUCGUUGAUUGCAGCAUGCCAAGUCUAUGAUCUGCAUCAUUUGCUCGAAUUGAUCAGGGAACCAUUUCGGAAGCUUUUUGUGUAUCUUAACGCGUCUUUAUGUGUGAAGUUAUUUUGUGGUCCUCUGCGCAAAUGGCGUCUUUCCCAGACUCCGACCUGCAAACAUGUCCGCUGUGCAAGGAGCUGUGCGGCUGCUCUGCUCCGAUCUCCUCCAAUUCAUCUACCUCCUCCUCGUCCUCCCAGACCUCCAGCUCCUCAUCUACCUCAUCCACCAGGAGGCUGCACGUCUUGCCCUGUUUGCACGCCUUCUGCAGGCAAUGCCUGGAGGGCCACAGGAGCCCAGGUGACCCUCUGAAGCUCAGAUGCCCCACAUGCGACCAAAAAGUGUCUCUGUCGGAAUCAGGCGUUGACGCGCUACCUUCCUCCAACUUUCUCUUCAGCAACCUGCUGGAUGUGGUGGUCUCUGCUGAGGAACAGGGCAAGAACGGUCGGCCUUCAUCGGUGGUCCAUCACGGUGGUCUUCUGAGACCCCAGCACCUCUCAGACCCUCAGUGCAGCUCCUGUGAUGAGGGCAACCCCGCUACCUCCCACUGCCUGGACUGCCAGGAGUACCUGUGCGAUAACUGCGUCAGGGCCCAUCAGAGGGUCCGACUCACCAAAGACCACUUCAUCGAGAGUUUACACCUGGUCAACCGCACCAACAACUCCAACACCCCGAUCAACAUCUCCCAGUCCUUCCAUAACAGCUUCUCCAUGCUGAAUGUGUUCCAGGAGAGGAUGGACUUCUGCCAGCAGCACGAUGACGCGGUGCUGCGUUUUUUCUGUGACAGCUGCGGAGUGCCGAUUUGUAGAGAGUGCAGCUUGGGCAGACAUGCGGGUCACAGUUACACCUACCUGCAGGAAGCACUGCAGGACUCCAGAGCGCUGACCAUCCAGCUGCUCGCAGACGCACAGCAGGGCAGACAGGCUGUACAGCUGAGCAUCGAGAAAGCCCAGGCCAUUGCUGAACAGGUAGAGCUGAAGGCUAAGGUUGUUCAGUCAGAAGUAAAAACCAUCACUCUUCGUCAUAAAAAAGCUCUGGAGGAACGUGAGUGUGAGCUGCUCUGGAAGGUGGAGAAGAUUCGCCAGGUGAAGGCAAAAUCACUUUACCUGCAGGUCGAGAAACUACACCAAAAUCUCACCAAGCUGGAUAGUACUAUCUCCACAGUGACGCAGGUUCUAGAAGAGGGUCGUAGCAUAGAUGUCCUGCUAGCGCGAGAGCACAUGCUAAACCAGCUACAGGAGCUUAAAUCCCUCCGCUGCAUCCUACAGCCCCAAGAAGACGAUCGCAUCAUGUUUACCCCUCCAGACCAGGCUCUUCUGAUUGCCAUCAAGUCGAUGGGCCUCAUCAGCAGCGGAGCCUUCGCCACAGCUUCCAAAGCUCAUGGUGAAGGUCUCAAGAGAGCGCUGCAAGGAAAGCUAGCUUCCUUUACCGUCGUAGGGUAUGAUCAUGACGGUGAGCCUCGGUUGUCCGGUGGUGAUAGCGUCUCAGUUGUGCUUAUGAGUCAGGAUGGCCAUCUGUCCAGCGCAGAUGUUUCAGACCACCAAGAUGGAACAUACACUGUCAGCUAUCUACCCAAGAGCGAGGGGGAGCAUUUGCUCUCUGUGCUUAUAUGCAAUCAGCACAUUGAGGGAAGUCCUUUCAAAGUGAUGGUCAAAUCUGGUCGCAGUUACGGCGGUGUUGGACUGCCCAUUGCAUCUUUCGGAGGAGAGGGCGAUGGGGACGGGCAGCUGUGUCGACCUUGGGGCAUCUGCGUGGAUAAGGAGGGCUAUGUGGUGGUUGCUGACCGAAGCAACAACCGUGUGCAGAUCUUUAAGCCUUGUGGCACAUUCCACCACAAGUUUGGCACUUUGGGGUCACGACCAGGCCAGUUUGACCGCCCUGCUGGGGUCGCCUGUGACAGCCAGAGAAGAAUCAUUGUGGCAGAUAAGGACAAUCACCGCAUCCAGAUCUUCACCUUUGAGGGUCAGUUUAUCCUCAAGUUUGGUGAGAAGGGAACCAAAAAUGGACAGUUCAACUAUCCAUGGGAUGUGGCCGUCAACUCUGAAGGCAAGAUCCUGGUUUCUGAUACACGCAACCACCGCGUGCAACUCUUUGGACCAGAUGGGACUUUCCUCAACAAAUACGGAUUCGAAGGUGCCCUCUGGAAACAUUUUGAUUCGCCUCGCGGUGUGGCCUUCAAUCAGGAAGGCCACCUCGUUGUCACGGACUUCAACAAUCAUCGGCUGCUUGUCAUCAGGCCGGACUGCCAGUCAGCACGCUUCCUGGGGUCAGAGGGAACCGGAAAUGGCCAGUUCUUGCGGCCGCAAGGUGUAGCUGUGGACCAAGAGGAUCGCAUUAUCGUGGCAGACUCCCGCAACCAUCGCAUUCAGGUGUUCGAACCCAACGGCAACUUUUUAUGCAAGUUUGGGACACACGGUAACGGCUUUGGGCAAAUGGAUCGCCCCUCUGGUAUAGCGGUUACUCCAGAUGGAAUGAUCGUGGCUGUGGACUUUGGAAACAACCGAAUCCUCAUGUUCUGACCUUUUUAAGGUUUGAAAUACCAAACUGUAGGCGUGGACAAAUAGAAAAGGAGAUUUUGCACAUCUGUCUGUCAGGAGCAAACGCAGUUUGAUUUAGCGAGGUGACGAGCUGUAGGGACUUGAUAGUUCUGUAUGAUUCUCAGUGAUCGUGUAACUCCAAAUGCUUGCCGUUACAGCACACAGUUUUGGCUGCUGCAAUCGGAGAGUGUUUUACUCUUGGUAUGUGUCUUCAAAUCUUUUUUUUUUCUUCUCAGGGAAUUUCUUGCAUUCUUGAAAUAUUUUCUCUCUGUAUUACACCUACCUCAUAUAGCUUAUGUAUGAAUGUACUCGCGUUUGUGCAGAGACCUAGUCCGUGAAGUUUUAUAAAGAAACGUCUACCUCAGUGUUUUUUUUGUGUGUGUAAAAUGUGAGAAAAAAAAAAAAUGAAACAAAAUGAAGCAAUGUUUGGGUAUUUGCACAGUUCGCACAAUUUUUUCCUGAUUGUUACUCUGUGCACAGAACGCAAGUUAUAUCCCUGAAUGUUUCUCGUAACGAUUGAUAAAAACAAAGCUGCAUGUUUUGGCAGAAACAUUAGGAUAAGGUUUUGAUAUAUCUUCUGCUAUGUUUUCUUUUUUUGAAUUUUGUGUACAUUUUAAAUCAGGCUUAAUCUUUUUCUCGUACCUCAUUUAAACCUUAUACCUCAUUUACCGCAUUAUACCUCUGGGUCCAUGAGCCUCAUUACAUUUACCUCACUUUGUGGUCCUUGAAAAAAAGUGAAAAAUAUGCAAGCCGUUACCAAAAAUGAAUGCUGUAUAACUGAUGAAAGAGACUGAUAAAUAAGACAAACGACCUGAACUUAGUUAUUUAAUAAGACCCUCAUGAUGUAAUCAAGAGUUUUGCUCUGACUAUGAGAAAUAUGAGAACAUAUACCUGUGAUUAUUUUAAAUGAUACAAGAGUGAAUUGGAGGCUGUUCUUUAAAGAAGAUCUUCAGAUAGGUUUUAUUUUUGGGGAGGGAAAAAUUUAAAGAAUGUAGACACUAAAUGGAAUAUCUAAGUGUAAAAAUGACCUAGCCCUUAUUUUUGUGUUUCUAUAGUUUAGUUUUCUUUCAUAUGCAGUAUUUAGGCAAGUUAAAGUUGAUCGACACAAAUGGCAAACAAGGAUGUAAUCCAAUUCCUCUCAGACUAAAGAUUUUUUUUUUAUUAUUAAAUAUAUAUUUAUAGUGUUCUUUCAGCAUUGAGGCCAAGUUCAUAAGAGUCUCAUUUCAACCAGCUGCAUUAGAUCACAAGUUUUAGAUCAAAAGCUUUUUGUUGUUUUAUUGAUUACAGCAUGGCCUACAGUGCUUCCUGUGCCCGUUUAAGAAAGAUCCCCAGGGAGACUAUUCACUAUAUCAGUUUAACAUCAUUUGAAAAUACUUAGAAUCAAUUGAGCCCAGUUUGAAAUGUGGGUAACCACUUUAAAGUGUUGUUUGCUUCUGUGUUCAAUUGAUUAAAAGAAGAAAAAAAAGGACGCAAAGUAUUUGGGAAAAAAUUAAUAUAUAAAUAUAAAGCACUGGUAUACAGCGGAACAAAAGCACAUGGCUCUCCCAUUAUAGUCUGCCUAAACUUCUCAUUUAAGCUUGUUUAUGAGCGACAGGAAAGUGUAUCUUACCAAUGUUGUGUCGUAACUCAAUAAGAUUGUUUUUCCUUUCUGGUAUUGAGUGGUCCAUGAAAAUGUGUAUGUUCCUGUUCUUGCAAGCACCAUGUUUUUGGACAUUUUGAAGUGGGUGAGCUUUAUACAAACUUCUUUCUGAACGUAUGCAGUGCUGCCUUGUUCAAACAUAUGUGUGGCAGGCCCACUUACAGAACCAGUAUUGUAAUAUUAAUCUUUGGGGUUAAUUUGCAUGUCCAGUUCUGUUUUACACUUUGGUUAAUAUUUAAAAUCUGAAAAUUGUGUGAGAGCUGGACGACCUAUUGGAAAGUGGUCAUGAUUAUUUGCCCUACCGUUUUCUUGUAGGCUGCAGUUAUCUUGUCCUAUCAUGAGUAUUAACGUGCUUGCAUGUAGUUACCUGUGCCUUUUGUGAUGUUAGAUAAAUGGGAAUUGAAUGUCUUUGCCAAUGGGUGGCUAUAGGAAAUGGGCAUGUGCCAAAACUGCUUCUGAAACUCACGGAUGCGUUGAGCAUGGAUCUUUUUCUCAGUCUUUUUUCUUUAUGUAUAUUACCUCAUUAUAAACAAAUAUUGACUUAAAAUUGUGGAUCAUCAGGCAUAUUUAUGUUGGAGAUAUGUUAAUUAUGAUAAUGUUGCGUUUUAUGCAUGGUAAGAUGGAGAGUAGGCAGUUAGAUUUCUGAAAAUUGAUAGACAUCUGUACAUUAGAUGAUAAUAGACAAAUAAAAGGACCAGCAUGGGUGACAGAAACCCGUUUGAUGAGUUUAUGCAAUAAUGAAAGAUUUGCUGCUUCCACCAACACAGAUCUUCCCUGUCAUACAGUAUUAAUAUCAUAUUUGAUCUGAUGAAUAUUUGGCUGCAAAGUUUUCUCCCUGAAUCCCUGCUCUCUUUGAGAGGAAUCUUUAAAUGUAUAUUUUUGCAUGCUGUUAAGGUCCUUGUAUGCGGGUGGAUGUAAAAAAAAAAUGGAUGUUGGAAAACAAGGAAGGAAAAAAAAAAGUAUAAUGUACCACAACAAAGGGAGCGUAUAUAGUUUGUUAGCUUGUGGUGAGUGGUUGACUAUAUGAUUGUAUUAUUUCUAGAUAGCUUUACAGAGUAAGGUACCUCGUUGAGCUCCAUUCAGAUGCCUUACCACAGAUCCUUAGCUUUUGGAAUCAAAUCAGAACUGGAAAACUGCCAAAGACCCCAUUCAUAUGAAACCUUAGCGUGUGGAUGUUUAUAAAUCUAUUUUUUUCUCGUUUGCCCAAAGACUUAUACAUUUGGCAUCGAUCAUUCUUGUAUUUCGUCAAGCUGUCAAUGUCUUGACAUAAAGGUGAAAUGGUCCUAGUACACGUCCCUGGACGUUGGAUUUUGUGUGUAACACGAGUUUUUGAGCAGGUGCCCUACAGGACCAAAGAUGGAGAAAUGUUUGAAUCCAGCUCCCACAGUUUACAAUGAAAACUGAUCUCUAACUCUGUGGUAGUAGGUUUUUUUUUUUUUUUUUUUUUGAGAACGGAGUCAGGCAGCCAUUUUGUGGGUUGUGAUGACCCAAGUGAGAUCAGUACAGAAAAAGCCACUAUGUAUAACCCCUUUAGAAUUGAUUUGGACAUUUAUUAAAAGUGUAAGUUCUACUUUGAGCGACAAUUUACUUUUUAGGACUGAUACUAUAUGUCAUCUAGAUACUAUCUGGCUCAUUGGACAUUGAAGUCAAUGUUAUCGAACUCGGUGUCUUAGAAUUUCAGAUCAUUGCGAAUUUUUCUGUCUUUUUCUUUCUUGUUCCCCCCCCCCUUUUUUUUUCUUUGGACCUCUGGUCUCUAAUUGUACGGGUUUUGUCACCAUUUCUGGUGUAUUCCAGCUUAUGACUUCUUCCUUACUGGGGAAAAACAGAAAAUGUAAGUUCAGAAUUGUGUGGUCAUAGACCCUUUUAUGAUUGUAUUAUCUUAUUAAAAAAAAGAGAUGUGUACACACAUUAAAACAACUCAGGUAGCUUUGUAGAGAUUUGAGAUUUGAUUAAAAUUCAAUGUUUGUUUCAUACAGUUUGAUAGUGAAUCCUUUGUUAGUUCCUCAUGAGCUUUUGUGUGUUGUUUUGUUGUUAAAAAUGCUGUUAUUAAAUUCCAUGGGAUCCUUUUCAACCAUGUCGCAGUUAAUAGUCAGUGAGGGGGUGAACAAUUCAUAACCUUUACACCUGCAUGUCUCAGUUUUGCAGUCUUUACAAAGUCCUAACUUGAUUUUAUUAAUUUAAACCUCACGUAACUAAAGGUAUUGUUUUGCGCAUAUUAUGAUAAAAGUUUGCGUUCAAAGGCUGCUACAAAAUUCAUUGCCUUUUGUUGAUCAAAAAUGCCUUAAAGCUUGGAAAUUACGUUUUCAAAAACACUGAGGGCAACAGUCUGUCUCAAAAUUAGAAUUAUAGUGAUAAUAGACAUUUAGACUCCAUGUCCCAGCACUGAAAUGUGAUUUUACAUCAAUACUUUCCAAAACCCCUGAAGUUGCAGUGCAUCUAUAAGGCUCGGCUGUGGGACAGGCUAAGCAAAGAGGUGUGAAGAGAUUCGAAGUUCUGAGCUGGAAUCAGUUUUGCCUUUUAAAAUACAACGAUUAGGGUAGAAUCAAAGUAGCAAAUGCUGAUUCCAGGUCAGUUAUCCUCUCAGGUUGGAUUAUUUUGGUUUAGGAGCCCUCUAAGAGGUCCACUAGUCUCUCCAUCUCUUUCUCGGUGUUUCAUUACCCGCACCAUCUAUCACCCCCUCAACCAAAGCAACAGAACAGUCAUUUAUUACUUUCUGAAUAAGGCUGAUGAGACCAUAUGAAAUAUGUAGUGGUCUGCAGUCUUGUUCAGUUGUCUUUGUGGACUUUAAACAUUUCCUAUGCAUUUUGUUCUUUUUUUUUUAAUGUUUGGUUGUUUACGAUUUAAAUAAAGUUGUAUCUCUUGGA